GGAAAGAGGCUGCGACGGCGGCUGCCGAACCGGAAGGGGAGGAGCUGGGCCUGGAGGAUCUGCGGGUACUGCUGCUGUUGUCGGUGUUUGUGGAUCGCUGAGAGCCGGGCCUGGCGGGCGGGGUGUGUCGCGAUGCCUGAGCUGGCGGUGCAGAAGGUGGUGGUCCACCCCCUGGUGCUGCUCAGUGUGGUGGAUCAUUUCAACCGAAUCGGCAAGGUUGGAAACCAGAAGCGUGUUGUUGGUGUGCUUUUGGGGUCUUGGCAAAAGAAAAUACUUGAUGUAUCCAACAGUUUUGCAGUUCCUUUUGAUGAAGAUGACAAAGAUGAUUCUGUCUGGUUCUUAGACCAUGAUUAUUUGGAAAAUAUGUAUGGAAUGUUUAAGAAGGUCAAUGCCAGAGAAAGAAUUGUUGGGUGGUACCACACAGGCCCCAAACUACACAAGAAUGACAUCGCCAUCAAUGAACUCAUGAAAAGAUACUGCCCUAACUCAGUGUUGGUCAUCAUUGACGUGAAGCCAAAGGACCUGGGGCUGCCCACCGAAGCAUAUAUUUCAGUGGAAGAAGUCCAUGAUGAUGGAACACCAACAUCGAAAACAUUUGAGCAUGUGACUAGUGAAAUUGGAGCUGAGGAAGCUGAGGAAGUUGGAGUGGAACACUUGUUAAGAGACAUCAAGGACACCACUGUGGGCACUCUCUCCCAGCGGAUCACAAACCAGGUCCAUGGUUUGAAGGGACUAAACUCCAAGCUCCUGGAUAUCAGGAGCUACCUGGAGAAAGUAGCCACAGGCAAGCUACCCAUCAACCACCAGAUCAUCUACCAGCUGCAGGACGUCUUCAACCUGCUGCCAGAUGUCAGCCUGCAGGAGUUUGUCAAGGCUUUUUACCUGAAGACCAAUGACCAGAUGGUGGUGGUGUACUUGGCCUCGCUAAUCCGGUCUGUGGUUGCCCUGCAUAACCUCAUCAAUAACAAGAUCGCCAACCGUGAUGCAGAGAAGAAGGAGGGGCAAGAGAAGGAAGAGAGCAAGAAGGAGAGAAAAGAUGACAAAGAGAAGGAUAAAGAUAAGGAAAAGAGUGAUGUAAAGAAAGAGGAGAAAAAGGAGAAAAAGUAAAACAUGUAGCUUUUUUAAUUUGUAAAUUAAAAUCUUAUAAACUAAGUCAGUGUGCCACUAGAGGGUUCUUUUUCAUGUUCACUGCUUAUCAAGAAGCUAUCCUGGUGAGAGCUCUUGGCCUCCAGUCACUCUUGCCAUGGCUUUACAUGUAAGUGAAUGGACAGAGAGACAGAUCUGGAACCUAAACUGCAAUGUCAGCUGCCAUGAGCCAGGGAGAGCAAUAGCUCAAGCAUCUGAUUAUGUGAGAAAAGUGAAGAGAAAUCACCAUAACAUUUGGUACUCUUCAUUCUUUCAACCUUAAAACCAGGAGUCGAAUUUUUCCCCAUCUUAAAAGAUUCUUGGGGUCUGUUUCUGGUAAAUGACAAAAUUGCUAAAUGGAAUGCAUGGAUCCCACACAUCCUAUGCCUCCUAACACCUUGAGUUCUGGCCCUUCUGAACUUUUGAGAGUACCACACCACGUUUUGGACCCGUAGUACAGCUCUGGCAUUCUCAGGUCUUGGGAUCGAGCUCCACAUAUUGUUGACCAUCAAAGACACAAUUAAAUGGCUUGGUUUUUAA